AUGCCCCCUCACGAGCACCACUCGCCUUCGGCCAAGCCUCCUCCCCCUCCUCCCGGAGUUGAGGUUGACCCUAUGCUCCACGGUUACCCCCAGCUCCCUGCCAUUAACCUCCAGUCGAGGUCACCAUACGGAUGGUGGGACCAGCAGGAGCGCAAGAACUUCGACGAGGUUGUGAGUAUCAUUUGUCAUCAGCGCAGUCCGAAGUCCAUCGAGAGUCUUGAUGGUCGGCCAGGGUGCAACCAACCUGGCGAUGGCUCAAUUUCAGCCGCUAAGCUGUCCCGCCAUACAGACGAAGCUGACAGACAGGUUCACGAGGAGGAGGACGCGCUUUCCAUGUGGUCCCCCGACCAGCACCGCGUUGAGGCCUCCCGCGCCGCCCUCGGCAUCGUGACGAUGCUUGCCCUCGUCGCUGGCUUCUCCUACUACGUCACCAUCCACCGCCCCCAGCGCAAGGCCGUCGCCCGCAACUACCCGUACAACGGACUGGAGAAGGAGCUCGGUGGCUACUCCCAGGCCCGGGAGGAGCCCAUUGACGACGAGUAA